GAUGUAGCAGCGGCAGUCCUGAGCUUAAAGCAGGAACGGGAUACCUGGCGAGCAGUAGCCGAAUCGUACCAGAAAGCCUUCGAAGACCAGACUGCGCGUCUGCAAGAGGUGCAGGCGAUCUGCUGCGCAACCCAAAUGGAGCUGGAAAACGAACGAGCCGCAAACCGCCGCAGCCAGAAGUCGUCCGAAGUAUUACAAGCAUCGCUACGCGGUGGCGGCCACCGCACGGUAGACGGCACCGACGACAAGCUUAACGACACCUCUUUAGGCACUGCGGCCAUCCAUGAGCCCAGCCACGCUGAGCUGACCUGGCGUCCGAACUUUUGCUUCCGUCGCGUUGAGCACUUCACUACACUACGCGACUACGGCACCGCGCUCAAAGAAUUAGACUCUUUGCUUCGUGGUCCGCUCACAAUGGAAGCGCGAGUACAAGGUCUGCUCCUCAAGAGCACCAUCAUGCGCAAGUCAGAGUGGCUCUUCGACGCGCUCGCCGCCUGCAGCGAGGCCCUGGAGCUCUGCAACCGCCUGAAUGAGCUGCACGCCUAUCUACCCCGAGUCCAGUAUCAGCGGGGUAUCUGUUAUUACCAGCUACAAAUGCUCAAGCAGGCACGCGACGCGUUCCACGAGGUCUGCAUGAAUGACGAUUUGCUCUAUGCUGUGGCUUCGGAGAUGCGGGACUGUUGCGAUGACCAGCUGCAGGGUCGGAGAUCAGGUUUCGAAGCCCAUCGUACAGUCACUGAAGGCCUGCUUUCGCAGAUGUACGACAGUCGUAGUGAGUCGAAGCGACGCCGUGUAAGUCAGCAUUUUCGAUACCAUGCUGCAAAAGCGAAGCGGCUGUCCUUACCGCAGCGAUGGAUG